AUGAGUAUACCCAUUGCACCCAGAAGAAAGUAUCACUGCUCUCAGCCUGGAUGCAACAAAAGCUUCACUACCAGUGGUCAUUUAGCCAGACACAAUCGCAUUCAUACCGGAGAAAAGAAUUUCCACUGUCUUCAUCCUGGCUGUCCCAGCAGAUUCUCACGUCAAGAUAAUAUGAUGCAGCAUUAUCGUACACAUCUCUCUCAAAAGAUUCGCAGACAGCAACAACAACAAAAGAUGCUGAUCAAACAGGAACCUCAGCUUUACAACCAUUCCUUUUAUGAAGCAGAAAAUCUAGAGUCCUUCCAACCUCUUUACACUACCACGACGACGAGACAGAGAAGAAGUUUUACGAUGCCUAGUUUACCUUAUCCACCCAUGAUGAUGAUUACCGGUCACCGUACGCGUGCUUAUUCCACUUCAUCCUCUUGUUCUUCCUUGUCUGAAACAAACACCCUCUCUCCACCUACCUCUUCUUACUGCUAUGGUAACGAGCAUCAUCAACAACAACAGCAACAACAACAUCACCAUCAUCAUCAACAUCAGCCUAAACAGGAGCCGAAAUCCAGCCUUUAUCAUUUGGCCAACAUUGUCAGUACUUUCGGAUAA